CUCAGGAGGAUGUGGCUGCAGAACCUGCUUUUCCUGGGCACUGUGGUCUGCAGCAUCUCUGCACCCACCAGCUUACCCAGACCUGUCACUCGACCCUCUCGGCACGUGGAUGCCAUCCAAGAGGCCCUGAGCCUUCUGAACAAAAGUAGUGAUGAGACUGCUGUGAUGAAUGAACCAGUAAAAGUCGUCUCUGGAAUGUUUGACCGCCAGGAGCCGACAUGCCUGCAGACGCGCCUACAGCUGUACAGUGAAGGCCUGCGGGGCAGCCUCAUCAGCCUCAAGCAACCCUUAACCCUGAUGGCCAACCACUACAAGCAGCACUGCCUCGAAACCCCGGAAACUCCCUGUGCAAUCCAGACUAUCACCUUCAGAAGUUUCAAAGAAAACCUGAAGGAAUUUCUGUUUAACAUCCCCUUUGACUGCUGGCAGCCAGAAGCAACAGAGGCCGGUCCAACCAGGAGCCAGCCCUGAGAGUGUAGUUCCCGAACCACUGCACUCCUACCCACGGACUGCUGAAACUCAGGAUCUUCACCUUCGAGGGACCACAGGGCGGGCCAG